GGAGGAGUGAGAGAGGCUUUGUAGACGAGGAAAAUACGAGAGUAAAGUGAAAGGAGUAGCAACGAAGACCAUAGGUAAUUCAGGUCCAAGUGAAAAGUUGAGCAGAGUAUUUGAGCAAAUAAGAGAUUCUUUCAGACACUUGACAUCAUGAGCUCUGAAACCCUUGAGAAAACACUAACAGUGAAGGCAGAAGGAGCCACCCCAUGGGAGAAGUGUCAACAUGGAGAUCGACACAUCCACAGAGACGAUGUGAGACAAAUCUGGAAGGAGUGCAAGGAAGAGAGCUUCUGGUAUAGAGCUCUUCCCCUCUCUCUGGGAAGCAUGGCUGUCACUGGGGGGCUCAUCUACAAAGGAGUUUGGAGUGCAUCAAAGACACUUGGCCCAUUCCCAAAACUAGCAGUGCUGAUGGGACUAUUGGAUUCAGUUGCUGCUCCCUACUCAGUGCGGCUGGCGUCCUUGGUUAUGCAGUGGGGAAGGCUUCCUAUGUUCCAACCUGCAGAAAUAAGUUCCAGAGACUUGGGCCCGUCUUUGGUCCAGAAUCAGAAUAUGGUUUUGGACCCGGCCCAUUUGGAGGCCGUGGUUCUGGCCCAGGACACAGACACUGCCACCACGUGUGUGAAGAGUGUAAGCGACAGCAAGCCCCUGCUGCACCAAUAGAGGGUGUGCAAAGCUAAAACACACACACUCUGUCUACACCCAACGUUUGUGUACUCAAUUCUAAAGAUCCUUGUCUGUUCUCCCCCAAGUAUGUUUUACAAACCUUGGAGUCCAAUUCAGGCGAUGCAUUGCAAAUGGACAUGAAGUCAUGAUUUUGUAAAAGUUCUACCAAAAAUAAAGAUUGCGUAUUUACCUCAGUUAAAUACCUUGAUGAUU